AUGUCCACCUGCACAGGGCAAGCACUUACCUCAAGUGGUCCCGAGGUCCUCCUGAAGACCUCUUCUGCCAAAGGCCCCCUCCCAUGCGGAUUCCAACGGAGGCAGCUUGUUUUGAAGCCGACGCAGCAAGGGGCUCUGCACGCAUUGUUCCAGCGGAACCCAUACCCAGGCAUCGCCACCAGAGAACGACUGGCCCGAGAGCUAGACAUUCCAGAAUCCAGAAUCCAGGUGUGGUUCCAGAACCAGCGCACGAGACAGCUAAGGCAGAGCCGACUGGGGUCUGCCAAAUCCAAAGGGGAAGGGCCACCACAUGGACAGGAACAGCCUCCAGCUUGGACUCAAGGUUACUCCUCAGCAUAUAAAACAGGUCCCUUCUUGAGCUUCUCCUUGACAAAGGAACGGCUUUGCAUGGGCUUGCCAUGUGUUUGGCAAGAAGUCUUAGCAGAGGAACCCAUACCCACUGGUUCCAGCCGCCUUUCUGUUCCCAGAGAUGGACACUGUGCAUGCACCACCUGUUGGGCGGGUGCGUUGUUUCUGGGCAAGAAAGGCUUUGAAUCUUCCUGUCCUGAAACUGUAGGAAGGACAGAGUCCUCUUCUGGGGUCACCUCAGAAUUUAGAUCCAAGCACUGGAUUGUGUGGGUUAGCUUUCUAUUUUGUGGAGUUCUCCUCGGGAGAAAAGGAUAUCAUGCCGAAAAAGAGGAGCUAGACCAAACGUUUGAAGAGAUUGAAAUUGAAUGCAUGAGUUGGGGGUCUGGGAGGAAGCUGUGGAAGAGACCCCAGGCCCUGAGUACAGAGGAGUCUUUGACUAAGUUCUUCCAGAUGAAGGAGAGGUUCUCCAGCCUGGAAGGAGUGGUGAAGACCUUAGAAAAACAGGCUGAAUACUGGUGUGAGAGGCAGGCUCAGAUUCAUGAUGUAGAGAGAUUCUUUGGGUACAUGAAGGACAUCCUGGAAUCUUUUGCCUUCCAGGCAAUGUUGUCCAAGGGGGUGAUGUCCCUGUAG